UGUCUUCCAGCUAUUACUGAUUCUGGAGGAAUAUUACUGCAGCCCAACCUGCAGAUGAGAGUAGCAACUGGAGCUGUUAUAAAGGAGGAAAAUGGAGGAACAGAAGAAGUGAUCGUCGGGGAGGCCGGAAAGAACAUCACCUUGGUGUGCCGCAACGCAUCCCAGCGAGCAGGCGAGGUGGACUGGUUCCACGGCGACCCUACCACUGUGCCUCCACUCUUCUCCUCGAACUUCACGCUGCCGAAAGACGUCCGCUUCUCCUUGGUGGACAGUAGCUCUCUGCGUAUCACAGCCCUGCGUCUCCAGGACCAGGGCAAUUACACCUGCAAGGAAGUGCUGGCAGCUCCUGAGAUUGGCCUGGGAUGGGGGCAAAAUAAGCCUCUUCCCCCUCCCACAGGGAACAAGCUUGCAGCUCUGAGUGAUUUGGGGCUGCAGCAGGCAGGGAGCCCAGCCUGCCUUGGGGGUGCUACAGGCUCAGGUGGCCCCAGCAAUGUGACUGUCAGCAUCUCCCCCUCCACGUUGCUGCCCAAUGGCACAGCAUACGUAGACAAACACAACACUGUGCAUUUCAGCUGCACCGCCAGCGACACCCAUCCAGAGCCCACAAUGGAGUGGAUUUUCCAGCAGCCCGGUUUGUCCCCAGAAAUGUUUACCAAGGUCAAUGGCUCCUCCACUGUCUUCACCCUGCAAAAUCUGUCCUUGGACUUACAAGGGAACUACACGUGCACAGCAAGGAACCCUCUCAGCGGUAGCAGUCGGACCUCAGCAAAGGAACUCCUGGUCUAUUAUCCCCCGCCGUCAGUCCCAGGGUGCUGGGCUCAGACUGCCCAAGUGGGGAUGAUGCUGCAGUUGGUUUGUAGCUGGCCCGGGGGAUACCCACACCCCAUCCUCCAGUGGACAGAAGAGGAGCAAGACCUGGAGAAUUCAAGCUGGGUCGUUAAUGCAACAGGCACUGGGGACACCCAUGUGGAGACGCUGAACAGCUCUCGCCUUUUUCACGGGAAGGAGUUCAAGUGUGUCGGGAGCCACAUCUUAGGGCAGGGGACAGAGGAGCUGACCUGCACUGUGCAGAUAAAGACCCCUUCUCUGCUGACUGAACCACUGAAGACCUGCUUUGUGGGUGGCACCGUGACCCUCACGUGCCGGGUGACGGAGAGCAACCCCCCUGCGAGAAUCAGCUGGCUUCGGAACCUCUCCCACCCAGAGCUGGAGAUCCAGCCUGGCGGGAGGUACCUACUGGUACAAGAGGGGAGCGUCUCCAAUCUCACCAUACAGAACUGCUCCCAUGGCAUUGAUGAAGGCUACUACGUCUGCAAAGCUGAGAACCCGGUGGGGCUGCGGGAAGUCUACGUGUCCCUCACGGUGAAGAAACCGGUGAAUAUAGUCGGGGUGGUGGGGGCAGUCGUCAUUCUGCUGCUGCUGGGAAUCCUGGUCAUCUCCGGAAUCAUUUUAUACUACAACCCCAUCUUGUGCCUGAAAGGCAGCAUGUUCAGGACUCAAGACUCGGAUGAUAUCUUUGUGCUGGUGGAUUCAGAGGGAGAAGAGGAGGAGGAGGAGGAGGCGGAGGAGGAGGAGGAAGAGGCACCUGCUGAGGACUGGAAGCAAGAAGGAAGGAGCAGCCCUGCAGCAUUCUCAGUCCUUUGUCCUCCUGAUCACAGGACUCAAGACUCGGAUGAUAUCUUUGUGCUGGUGGAUUCAGAGGGAGAAGAGGAGGAGGAGGAGGAGGCGGAGGAGGAGGAGGAAGAGGCACCUGACAACUCCAGUGUGCAUCGUGUGACGGCUCUGGUGAAUGGGAACAACAUCCAGGCUGGUCAUAUUACUGAGAGUGACAGCAGUGAGCUGCAUUCUCUGGAGGAAGGGGAGAGAGAAGAGAGGCCAACUAUGCAGAAGCAAAAUCUCCCUUUUCUUGCUGAACUGGAUGGAACUGUGGGUGGAAGUUAAACUUCAAGCGCAUCAUUGAUACAUGGCUGCAUCUAGGCUGUUAAAAAUUCCUGCAGUGGGAUUCACUUGAUCUGGUUUUUAGUUUUUGUUCCCUCGCUCCAUCCCUGUUUUUCAUUCCUUCAUCUCACAUGGUUCCUUUUUCUCUUUAUUUUUGGCUAUUUUCUUCCCUUCUCUUCCCUUCUUCCAAGUGCAGAAAGUUUUCCUUUGUCUCAGGUUUUUUUGUUAUUAAGAGGAAGGUCAGAGGCAGACAGAGUUCAGGAGGAAUGUGUCUGUGCUUCAAAAGGUCUUGUCCUGUGAGUACCCUCUUCUUCUCUAAGCUUGCUGCCGACUGGCUCCAAGACAUGUAUGGAAAUAACAGGAGGGCAGUUCUCCUGGAAUCGUGAAAAAGUUUAAAGGCAGACCCAGCAAUAUUCUCGUAUGUGCAAGAUGCAGCAAAUUCUAGGAGGGUGGGGUAGGUUGCAGAAGUUUGCUUCCUAACUGCUAGAAUGUACAGAGGUCGUUUUUUAUAUAAAUGUUUGGACACUGGCAGGGAACGUCAGAAUGUUCUCUGCUGUGUGGCUUUCCCAGGGCCACCUGGCAAUGUGGUUCUGCAUUGAGGACAUGAGAAGCCCUCGUUGAAACUUUGCAUGUGAUUUUUAAUUCAGAGACCUGACUCCAUGCUUAAAAGCAUCAUCUUGGCUCCUACUGCAAGCUCUGCUGAGUGGGGACAAAGAAGAAUGUUCUUGUGUUUGACACAGGAUCUGGGUUCUGGUCCUUCUCCUGCCUCGGACUUCUUGCAAGGAAAGUCUUACAGGUCUGAGUUUUCAAAAAUGGCCACUAAUUUUAAUGCCUCAGUUUUGGGCUCCCCAACUUUAGAUGAACGUCAGGAGCGGCAGAACUCUAACUUGUCCAUAUGCCAGGCCCCUUCCACUUCAGCACUGUUGUUACUCUGGGGAGCAGUGUGCUUGCAAUGGUCUAUGCUCAUCUAAAAAUCACACAGGAAUGUACCCUCAAAAAUGCUUAAAGAGUGGGGUGAGCCGGGAGGGCACAAUGGGAGUGGGUAGCUUGCUCAUCAGAGGCCGGAGAUGACCUCAGCUAAACCUUCAUAUGCAAUAAUGCAGCUGGUAUUUAGUCCUCAUCUGAUGGCCAGUUGUGUGCUGCCCUCACCACAACUGCAAAGAGCAGCUCUCUCUAUAUUUUGAUAACAGAGAAUGUUCCUAGUGGUUUGUGGAUGUGAUUUUUUUUUUUUUUUGGUUUAUGAAAUUAAAU